AUGGCGACAAGGAGGAUGCUGCUGCUCUGGGCCGGGCUGGCGCUGCUGGCGGGCCCCGGCAUGGCUGCCCCCAUGGGCCGGGAGUUCAUCACGGCUUUCAUGGAGAAUUACCAGAUCAGCUACUCCCAGGCUGACUUCCAGCUCUUUGUCUCUGGCUACUCGCCCUCCACCACCGUCACCGUCGAGGUGCGUAAGUCCCAGUUCCGCCACACCUUCCAGCUUGGCCAGGGCCAGACGGUCUCAGUGAAGAUCCCGGCCAGCGCUGAGAUGUCCGGCACCACCAAGUUCUGCAGCACCGUCCUGGUGCAGGCGGACAAGGAUGUCUCAGUGAUGUCGCUCAAUGCCAAAGAGCUGACGGUUGACACUGGUGUGGUGUACCCGGUCCAGAGCCUGGGUGUAGAGUACUACAUCCUCACGCCAGCUGGAGAUGUCUCUGGGACCUACAAAGAGUUCUCUGUCAUGGCAUGGCGGGAGCCCACCACCGUGGAAAUCCACCUGAAGGGCAGUGUGAGGUUCCAAGAGCAGGUCUACCGGGCCGGCAGCAAGAUCACCAUCUCCCUUGCGCCCUACGAGGCUGUCCAAUUCCAGAGCAGCCAGGACCUGUCUGGCACCCGGGUGGUGUCCCUGAAGCCGGUGGCAGUGCAGAGCGGGCACAGCUGUGCCCAGAAGAACACCAAGUGCAACCAUGUGGCCGAGCAGCUGUUGCCCGUCUCCAAGUGGGGUACGGCUUUCUUCGUGCCACCGAUGCCCUUCCAGGCCAGCUACGACCUGGUAUACGUGGUCGCCUCCCAAGCCACGCAGCUCACCUACCUCUCUGGUGGGGCCCAGGGGAGACAGGGUCUGGUGUCUGGGCAGGUCCUGCAGUUGGAGGUGAGUCUGGCCAAACCACUGUACAUCUCCGCCAGUGCCGGCAUUCAAGUCUUCUUCUUCUGCACCGGCGGGACCCAGGACAUCAUGCGUUACGACCCCUUCUUGGUCAGCAUCCCGGAUGUCUCCAGCUACUGUGCCUCCUACUCCAUCGCUGGCCAGCAGGGCUUCCAAAACUAUGCCAUCAUUGUGGCCAAGACUGCAUCGGCCGCCGGCAUCACCAUGGAUCAGCGACUCCUGAGCGGGGUGCGCUGGAAAUCGAUUCCUGGCACGGAGUAUUCCUGGGGAGAGUUCAACCUGGGCAGCGGGGCCAGUGCCCGCUCGGUGGAGCAUCCCAGUGCCACCUUUGGGCUGCUGAGCGUCGGCAUCGCUCAGCAGAACGGCUAUGGCGUGGCCGCCCUUUGCCAGAGUGAAUCCCCGGUGCCCUCCUGCAGCUCCGUGCAGUGCCGGAAGAAGGAGACCUGCCAGAUGACCAAUGGCAGACCCGGGUGUGUGGCCACCUCUGUGGCAACUUGCUGGGCGCUUGGUGAUCCCCACUAUCGCACCUUCGAUGGGCGCAACUAUGACUUCAUGGGCACCUGCACCUACACUCUGGCCAAGACCUUCAGCUCAGAUUCAGCUCUCCCAGCUUUCCACGUCACGGCUAAGAACGAGAACCGGGGCAACCAGAGAGUUGCCUACGUGGGCUUUGUGACCGUGCAGGUCUACGGCUACACCAUCUCUGUGGUUAGAAAUGAAUACGGGCUUGUGAGGGUGAAUGCCCAGCACUCCCGCCUUCCUAUCUCCCUGAUGGAGGGGAAACUGAGGGUGUAUCAGAGUGGGGGCUCUGUGGUCAUCGAGACUGACUUCUCCCUGAGGGUCUCCUAUGACUGGGGCAGCUCCCUGGUUGUGAAGAUCUCCAGCAGCUUCUGGGAGAGUGUGCGUGGCCUGUGCGGCAACUACAACGGGGAACCUGGGGAUGACUUUGCCACCCCCACGGGGGCACUGGCUGCCAAUCCCGUGGAGUUCGGGAAGAGCUGGAAGGUGGAGGACGGGGACAGGUUCUGCUGGGACGACUGCCAUGGGGUGUGCAAGAGCUGCUCCCCAGAGCUGGUCGGCAGGUACAAAGCUGAACCCUUCUGUGGCUGGAUCACCAAAGGGGCGGGUGGCCCCUUCAGCCGAUGCCACUCCGUGAUCGACCCCAAAAUCUACCUGGACAACUGCGUCUAUGAUCUGUGCAUGAACGACGGCCUCAAGGAGAUGCUGUGCCAGGCGCUGACGGCCUACGCUGAUGCCUGCCGGAGAGAGGGGGUGGAUAUCUCUGAGUGGAGAAGUCUCACAGGCUGCACUCUGCCCUGCCCGGAGAACAGCCGGUACCAGCUCUGUGGCUCCGCGUGUCCUGCCACCUGCAACGACCGAGCAGCCCCUAGCAACUGCUCCUUGCCCUGCGUGGAGACCUGCCAGUGCAACGAGGGCUUCGUGCUGGAUGCUGGGAAAUGCAUCCCCAAGGCUGGCUGCGGGUGCGAGUUUGAGGGCCGCCUCUACGCCCCUGGAGAGCAAUUCUGGGGGGACGGUGCCUGCAUGAGACGCUGCAUCUGCAACCCACAAAGCAGGCAGGCGAGCUGCCAGGUUGCGGGGUGCAGGACUGGGGAGCAGUGCCGGGUGGAGAAAGGCAUCCAGAACUGCUACCCUAUCAGCUACGCCAGCUGUGCGACCAGCGGGUAUUCCCACUACCGCAGCUUUGAUGGGCAGAGGUUCGAGUUCCAGGGCACCUGCCAGUACCAACUUGCCGGGUUGAGCAAGAAGAGCCAGGAGCUGGUGGAUUUCCGGGUCCUGGUGCAGAACGCCCGUCGGGGUGGCCGAUCGGUGUCCUUCAGCAAAGUAGUGCAGGUCCAUGUCUACGGAGUGGAGACCACCAUCAGCUGGGCCUAUCGAGGCAAGAUCAUGGUGAAUGGUGUUUUGACCAAUCUGCCAUACCAAAUAGGCACAGGGAAGAUCUCCAUGUACCAGAGAGGCUGGGAUGCCGUGAUCCAGACAGAUUUUGGCCUCACUGUCACCUUUGACUGGCACAGCCGGGCCACCGUCACCGUGCCCAGCACCUACGCUGGUGCCCUGGGUGGUCUGUGCGGCAACUUCAAUGGGGACAGGAGUGACGAGCCGGCUGGGAAGGACAGCGCGGGUGCCGGACGCAGCUGGAGGGUGGCCGAGCCCCUGGGCUGCGGCGAAGUCGACGUGGGGGCCUGUCCCGACCUGGAAGCCCUCGCCAGUCGCCAGCGGGGCAUCAACACCGAGUGUGGGAUCAUCCUGGAGAAAACUGGCCCCUUCAGGGAGUGCCACAACAAAAUUGACCCCGAGGGUUUCUUCCUCGACUGCGUGUCCGACUACUGUGCAUCCAAGGGGCAGUUGGCUGUGCUAGGGCAGGUGGUCGCCGGCUACGCCUCAGCCUGCCAGGCCGCUGGGCUGACUGUAUAUCCAUGGAGAUACCACGUCUUCUGGAAGCCAGCCUGUCCCCGGAACAGCCACUAUGAGAUCUGCGCCCAGGGCUGCCAGCCGACCUGCAGCAGCCUCUACGCCCCAGUUCAGUGUUCAGCCCAGUGCUGGGAGGGCUGCGUCUGUGACGAGGGCUUCGUGCUGAGCGGCGACCGCUGCGUGCCCAUGUCCCAGUGCGGCUGCAUCCACCAGGGCUUUUACUACCAGGCCGGGGAGACCUUCCACCCGACGUGCCAGGAGCAGUGCGUCUGCCGGGCCGGUGGGGAUGUGGCCUGCAAGGGCUUGUCCUGUGGCCCCAACGAGGAGUGCAAGGUGGCGGGCGGCAUCCGGAGAUGCCACCCUGUGGGAUCCGCCACCUGCACCGUCUCCGGCAGCUCCCGCUACAUCACCUUCGACGGCACUGCCGCCAACUUCCAGGGUACUUGCACCUAUGCCCUGGCCACGACCUGCGCCAACGCUCAGACGCUGACGCCCUUCGCUGUCCACCUGGAGAACAAGCCGUGGGGCACCGGGCAGGUCUCUGUGGCCAAGCUGGUGUCCAUCCGCCUCUAUGGGACCACCCUUGCCCUGCUGCAGGGCAUGAGGGGGCUGAUCAGGGUGGACGGGGUGUCCCACAACCUGCCUGUGGUCGCGGCUGACGGGCGGCUCUGGGCGUAUCAGCACGGCGGGAAUGUGCUGGUGCAAACCGACUUCGGCCUCACCGUGAGCUACAACCUCUUGUACAACGUGAGAGUCACCGUCCCGGGGAACUACCAGGGCCAGACGUGCGGCCUGUGCGGGAACUACAACGGGCGUCGGGACGACGAGUUCCUGCUCCCCGAUGGCAGGGCGGCCCCUAACGUGGCAGCGUUCGCUUCCGCCUGGAAAAUCCCAGUCCCAGGCGUGGCCUGUGCGGACGGAUGCGCUGGGAACAGCUGUCCGGUUUGUGAAGAGACCAAAAAGGACAUCUUCAAACAGCGCAACUACUGCGGGCUGCUCACGGCCCCCGACGGUCCCUUCACCGCCUGCCACAGCACGGUCAGCCCCAGCACGUAUUUCAACAACUGCCUGUAUGAUCUGUGCCUGGGCAACGGGGACUCCCAGCUCCUGUGCCAGAGCAUCCACAGCUAUGUGACGGCCUGCCAGGAUGCCGGGGCCCCCAUCCAGCCCUGGAGAAGCGCCUCCUUCUGCCCUCUGAGUUGCCCAGCCAACAGCCACUAUGAGGUGUGUGCCGACCUCUGCACUGCGACCUGCGCCGGGAUCACCGACUCCACCCCGUGCCUGGAGAUCUGCGCCGAAGGCUGCCAGUGCGACGAUGGCUUCUUCUUCAAUGGCCAGGGCUGCGUGACUGUGGAGAGUUGUGGCUGCUUCGAGGAGGGGAGAUACUACAAGCCCAACGAGACGGUGCUGGCAAGCGAGUGUCAGCAAAGAUGCAGCUGCAGCCCGGCCCGAGGGCUGAGCUGCGAGUCCCACAGCUGUGCCAGUGAUGAAACCUGUGAGAUCAAAGAUGGUGUCAUGGGCUGCAUCAACAAAGACCCCUGCAAAUCCCUGAGAUGCCGGACCAAGGAGACAUGUAAGGUCGAGAAUGGUCGUGCAACGUGUGUCCCUGACUACAAGACGACCUGCUGGGGCUGGGGGGACCCACACUAUCACACCUUCGACGGGCUGAACUUCAACUUCCAGGGUACCUGCACCUAUACCCUGGCCAAGUACUGCGGGACCGACACCACCCUGGAGCCCUUCACCAUCGACGAGAAGAACGAUAACAGAGGGGGUAACCAGGUUGUCUCCUACGUGCGCCUGACCAACAUCUACGUCUAUGGGUACAACAUCUCCAUCUACAAGAAAGAAGUCGGCAAAGUCCGACUGAAUGACGUCGUCACCAGCCUGCCGCUGACCCUGGCCGACGGCAAGCUGCAGCUUUUCCAGAGCGGCCUGAGCGCCGUGCUGCAGACGGCCUUCGGCCUGGAGGUCUCCUUCGACUGGAACUGGCUGCUGCAGGUGACCCUGCCCAGCAGCUACUAUGGCGCCACCUGCGGCUUGUGUGGGAAUUACAACCAGGACCCAGCAGACGACAUGGCGACGCCAGCCGGUGCCCGGCUCAGCACGGUGGUGGAGUGGGCCGCCAGCUGGAAGGUGAGGGACCGCGACCCGUUCUGCUGGCAUGUCUGCCAGGGGAAAUGCCCCACCUGCGAGGAGGAGCAGCGGCAGCGCUACCACCGGGACGAGGCCUGCGGGCUGAUUGCCAAGGUGGAUGGCCCCUACCGCGAAUGCCACCGCAAGCUCAGCCCGGACAACUUCUUCGACAGCUGUAUCUACGAUGUCUGCCUCAACGGGGGUGCCAAGAGCAUGCUGUGCCAGGCGCUGGGUGCCUAUGCUGCCAGCUGCCGCAAGGAGGGGGUUGUGGUCCGCGAUUGGAGGACGCAAUCCGGCUGCACCCUGCCCUGCCCUGAGAACAGCCACUAUGAGGCCUGUGGGAACGCCUGCCCUGCCAGCUGCUCUGACCGAACUGCCCCCUCCUCCUGCCGGGAGCCCUGCGUGGAGACCUGCCAGUGUGACAAUGGUUACAUCCUCAGUGCUGGCCAGUGUGUCCCUGUGGGGAGCUGCGGAUGCGACUACAACGGCCGAUACUACAAACCUAGUGAGGAGUUCUGGGCCGAUGAGAACUGCCGCUCUCGGUGCAGGUGUGACCCCAGCUUGGGCAUGGUGGUUUGCCAGGAGACCAGCUGCAAGGCCAGCGAGAGAUGCGCCGUGAUCAAUGGGGUCCGUGGCUGCCACGCAAUCAGCUACUCCACGUGCACGGCCUCCGGGGACCACCACUACACCACCUUCACUGGGCGAAGAUAUGACUUCCAGGGCACGUGCAUCUACCAGCUGGCUGGGCUCUGCUCCAAGGACCCCACGCUCACCCCGUUCAACAUCACAAUCUGGAACAACCGUGGCAGCAGGGCCUUGUCCUUUGCCAAGGUGGUGACCGUGGAGGUGUACGGCAGAACUAUCGCUGUCAGCCAGCAGCACCCUCGCAGGAUCCAGGUGGAUGGAGUCUUUGUGGACCUGCCUUUCUACCACGAGGAGACGCUCCAGGCCUACGUCAGCGGAGCCCAAGUCCUCAUCAAGACUGCUUUCGACCUGAGGGUGACCUUCGACGGGAGCGGCCUGGUCAGGGUCACCAUGCCCAACACCUACACCAAUGCCCUCUGCGGUCUGUGUGGCAACGGCAACCAGAGCCCCGGCCAAGAUCUGAUCAUGAGGGAUGGGAGCCGGGCUGCCAAUGCUGUCCAGUUCGCAGAGAGCUGGAAGGUGAGGGAGGUCCCAGGGUGCUCGGACAGCUGCACCGGGGACUGCCUAGUCUGCAGUGAGGCUCAGAGACAACCCUACAAGGGAGACCAGUACUGCGGGGUCAUCACCAGAGGGGACGGGCCAUUCAGACAGUGCCAUGGGGCCAUCGACCCAACCCCCUUCCUCAAUGAUUGUCUCUCCGACACCUGCCAGUACAAGGGGCAUCACUCGGCUCUGUGCGACGCGAUCGGUGCCUACACGACAGCCUGCCAGGCUGGGGGCAUCCAGAUAGGGCCUUGGAGAAUGGCCUCAUUUUGCAGCCCCACCUGCCCCCAUAACUCCCACUACGAGCUCUGUGGGAGCGGCUGCCCUGCCACCUGCCACGGCCUCUCGGCGCCGGACAGCUGCGAUGCCCCCUGUACCGAAGGGUGUUUCUGCGACGCCGGGUUCCUCCUGAGCGGAGACCAGUGUGUCCCCGUCGCGCAGUGCGGCUGUGUGCACCAGGGCAGGUACUACAGGAAGGGAGAGGAGUUUUACGCCAGCGCCUCCUGCCAGGAACGGUGCCGAUGCAAAGACAACGGGGUCGUCGAGUGCCAGGAGGCCUCCUGCGGAGCCAAUGAGCAGUGCAGGGUGGAGAAUGGAAUCCUAGGCUGCCACCCCAUGGGCUGCGGCAAAUGUGUAGUGUCUGGCGAUUCCCACUACCUGACCUUCGAUGGACGGGCCUUUGACUUCCAGGGCUCCUGCGCUUACACCUUAGCUGAGCUCUGCAGCAGUGUCCCCCGACUGGCGAACUUCUCUUUGGUGGUGGAGAAGGAGAGCUCUGGCGAUGGUCGCGUGGCUCGGAUGAGGUCGCUGGUAGUCUCUGUCCAAGGCUACACCAUCACCGUGGAGAGGGGGAGGAAAUGGACAGUCGUGGUGAACAGGGAGCUCUAUGCUCUGCCCCUGGCCCUAGACAACGGGAGAAUCCAUGUGAACCAAGAGGGGAAGAAUGUCGUUGUCCAGACCGAUUUUGGCCUCAAAGUCCUUUACGAUGCUUCCUACUACGCCUUGGUGUCUGUCCCCAGCUCCUACAAGGGACAUGUGUGCGGCUUGUGCAGCAACUUCAAUGGCGACAAGAACGACGACUUCCUGCUGCCCAGUGGGAAGAGCGCCCGGAACGCAGAUGAGUUUGGGGCCUCCUGGAAGGUGCCCGUUGAUGGUGCCACGUGCACCGAUGGCUGUGGGGAAAGAUGCCUCGUCUGUGAUGCAGCAAAGACGGCGCCAUACCAGGUCGAGAACUCCUGUGGGCUGAUCAGAGCCGCCGCAGGUCCCUUCAGAGACUGUCACUUGCUGGUCAGCCCUGCUGAGUACUUCAACCAUUGUCUCUACGACAUGUGUGCCACCAAUGGGGCGGGAGAGACCCUGUGCCAGAGCCUCCAGUCCUACGUGGCCGCGUGCCAGGCAGCUGGGGCCAAGAUCAGAGCCUGGAGAACGGCCUCCUUCUGCCCCCUGGCUUGCCCAGCCAACAGCCACUACGAGCUGUGCACUAGAUCCUGUGAUUUCACCUGUGCUGGCUUGUCCACCCCUGCCCAAUGCACCAGGAAGUGCUUUGAAGGCUGCCAGUGCGACGUGGGCUACGCGGCCGAUGGGGAGGGGUGUGUGGCCAUGGAUAGGUGUGGCUGUGUGCGCGACGGACGCUACAUCAAGGCCGGGGAAAGCGUCGUCUCCGGCGCUUGCUCUGAGAAGUGCACCUGCCAGGCCUCAAGCGGGCUCAUCUGCGAGCCACACAGCUGCCCUGCCGGAGAGGCCUGCGCGCUCCAGGAUGGAGUGCGUGGUUGCGUGAAGCGGGAAGGCCGGUGCACACUGCUCCCCGGAGGCGGGCUCACCUCCUUCGACGGUGCCUCGGGGAAGAUCCUCAACAGUGGGGCCUAUGAGAUGGCUUCACUCUGCAACAACAGCGCCCCCUCCUGGUUUAGGGUGGUGGUAGAGGUCCAGCAGUGCAGCAACGGGGGAGUGGUGGCUGGUGCAGCCGUCUACAUCUUCUUCCAGGAGGCUUUUGUCGUUGUCAAGAGGAACAAGGAGACGUGGGUGAACGGGCGUCCGGUGCCGCUCCCAGCGAAGAUCUCCAACGUGUCUGUGAGCGAGUCUCAGGGCGGUGUGGCCGUGGUCCAGGCUUCGGGACUGCAGGUUCUGUUUGGCCCCAGCGGGGAGGUGACGUUGAGAGUUGUUGAGAGCCUAGCUAACAAGCUGUGCGCACCCUGUGGGAACUUCAACAGCGACAUCUCCGAUGACCUGCGGCUGCCCAGCGGGCAGGUCACGGGGAACCUCAUGGAGGUCGUUGCUGCCUGGAAGGCCAGAGAUUUCUCCGGGUG